AUGCCAAAUCAAAAUAACUUAAUACGUCCAUCAAGUACAAGCUACAGCGCAUCAUCAGUUAAACAACAGCUGGAUGUUGCCGAAAUAUCACGGCGAAGAACGUCAAUAAUAAUUUUAAGCUUAAUUUCAAUAGUCGUGUUUCUCUUUAUUUUAUCUUUAUUGUUACUGUGUGCAUUAGUCGUAGUAGGAAAAGGCUUAUCAGAGCGUAGUGAUAAGCUAUCAAAGGAACAGCCAGAAGAAAUAUCAAAAAUAUCUUUAAUAAAUCGUUCAAAUAACGCCAAUAAGAGUGGAAGUGCUAAUAAUAAGUAUAAUAUGAAUAAAAUUGCUGAAAGUUUAACUUUCCGACUUCCGAGAGCAAUAAAACCGUCCACAUAUAACUUACUGCUGCAUCCAGAUUUAGAGAAAAAGACAUUCAGUGGAAAUGUGAAAAUAGACGUAAGUUUGUCAGAGGAAAUGCCUUAUCUAGCACUCCAUUCGAAGUUCCUGAACAUCACAAAUGUCAAUUUGAUGAAAAAUCUUGUGAAUGGAGCUGAAGGAAUCGGAGUAAAGAGCUCAUUUGAGUAUCCAAAAUUCGAAUACUUUGUUAUUGAGCCUGAAAGUGCUUUAAGUGCUGGAAAUUAUACAAUCGACUUGGACUUUAAUGGAUCACUUGAUAACAAGAUUGUUGGCUUUUAUGGCAGUUCGUAUUUUGAUAAAAUGAGAAACAAAUCAAGGUACAUAGCAACUUCCAAGUUUGAACCAACAUUUGCUAGACAGUCUUUCCCAUGCUUUGAUGAGCCAUCGAUGAAAGCGAAAUACAAGAUUGCCUUAAUUAGUCCUGAUGGAGAUGGAUAUCAUGCCUUAUCAAAUAUGGAUGUCGAAAAGAUUGAAGAUUAUGACACCGGAUUAAAGAAAUACAUCUUUAAAGAAUCAGUUCCAAUGUCAACAUACUUAACAGUCUUUAUUGUCUCAGAUUUUGCUCGUAAAAAUGUCACAGCUAAUGUUGGAUCAGAAGUAGGUGAACCAUUCGAACUUAGUGUCUACUCAACUCCCGGACAACUUAGCAAGACUGAUUAUGCCUUGAAUGUAUCGCAGAAAAUCAUUGAAUUCUACAUUGAUUACUUUAAAAUUCCUUAUCCAUUGCCUAAGUUGGAUUUAGCUGCUAUUCCCGAUUUUGUUUCUGGUGCUAUGGAGACUUGGGGUCUGAUCACGUAUCGUGAAACUAACUUGCUGUAUGAUGUCGCAACAAGCUCAACAGCCAAUAAACAACGUAUCUGCUCAGUCAUUGCUCACGAAGGUGCUCAUAUGUGGUUUGGAAAUUUAGUCACAAUGAAAUGGUGGAACGACUUGUGGCUUAAUGAAGGAUUUGCAUCAUACAUUGAAUUCAAAGGAGAGAAUGCAGCAGAGCCUGAUUGGAAUAUGAUGGAUCAAUUUACGACUGAUACAAUGCACAGCGUCUUGGAUCUUGAUGCAACUUUAGGAAGUCAUCCAAUUGUUGUGGGCGUAGAAACUCCAGAUCAAAUCACAGAAAUAUUCGAUAGUAUUACAUACAAUAAGGGCGCUUCCAUUAUUCGCAUGAUUGAAGACUUUGUUGGUCCUGAUAAUUUUCAAAAUGGAGUUUCUGAUUAUUUAACGGAAAUGAAAUAUUUGAAUGCUGAUUCUGAUGACUUGUUGAGAAACUUGAAGAAGUAUACAGAUUUGGAUAUUUCAAGUAUCGUCAAUACAUUCAUUCGUCAAAAGGGUAUUCCAGUUGUUACUGUCGAGAAAAUUGGAACAACCGUUCAAUUAACACAAAAGAGAUUCUUGACUGACCCAGACAGCGAGUCAAAAGAGACGGUUGCAUCCGAAUUUAAUUAUAAAUGGUCAAUUCCUAUUACUUACUUUAGUGAUGCUGAUAAUACUACUAAGCGUGAAUGGUUCUAUCAUAAUAUGGAUAAAUUGACUCUCGACAUUGGCAAUGCUAAUUGGGUUAAGAUUAAUAAGGAUCAAGUUGGUUAUUAUAGAGUUAAUUACAACCAAUCAAUGUGGGAAAGCAUGAAAGAAGCCCUAAAAGCCAACAUUAAUGCAAUGUCUGUUCUUGAUCGUGCACAUUUGUUAAACGAUGUUUUCAGUCUUGCACAAGGUCUUAAAAUUGACUACACAACUGCCUUAAAAAUGACUGAAUUCUUGGAAGUUGAGACUUCCUUUAUUCCAUGGGAUGUUGCAUCAACAAAGUUAAAGAACAUCAGAAAUCUCCUUUAUGGAACUGAAUUUUAUAAAGAAUUCAUGAAAUAUGUUACAACCCUGGUCGAUGGUGCUUAUAAUAAUGUCAAUUGGGAGGUUAAUCCUGCAAAUCACCUUGAAAACUUAAAUCGCAUUUCAAUUCUUGACUUAGCAUGCUCGUUUGAACAUAAAACAUGCUUGGAAGAAGUUGGAACCAGAUUUGAAAAAUGGCUUAAAGAUGAUCCAGUCAACAUACGUCCACAUCCAGAUUUAAGAUCCUUAAUCUAUUACUACGGAAUGAAGUCAAAGGGAACUGAAUCAUAUUGGAACCUAAUGUUUGAUAUUUUUAAAAAUGAACAAGAUGCAAGCGAAAAAGCAAAAUUACAAUCAGGAUUAGCAGCAAUUCAAGAUCAAGUCAUAUUGACUCAAUACAUUGAUAUUGCAUCAGCUAAUGAGACUUAUGUCCGUAAACAAGAUUAUUUCUCGUUAUUAUCAUCUAUAUCGGGUAAUCGCAUGGGCGAGCCUCUUGUAUGGGAUUUUGUAAGAACUAAUUGGCCCAAUUUAGUCGAGCGUUUUGGAUUAAAUGAAAGAAAUUUGGGUAGAAUGAUUCCAACAAUCACUAGCAAGUUCGCUAAGCCAAUUAGAUUACAAGAAAUGAAGGACUUUUUCCGUACAUAUCCAGAAGCUGGUGCAGGUGCCAAUGCAAGGACACAAGCACUUGAAACAAUCGAGAACAACAUUAAAUGGUUGGCGAACAACAAAAACUCAGUUGGUGAUUUCUUACAGAGCCUUAAUGUGUAA